GAUGUUGACCACUGUUCUACUAGUAGUCUGAACUGUGAACAUAACUGUCUUAAUACAAGACUUGGUGCCAAGUGUGGGUGUUAUCCAGGCUAUGAAUUAAAAGAUAAUCGAUGUAUAGAGAUCAACGAAUGUCAUAUAGAAAAUGGCUUGUGUGAAUAUAAUUGUAUUAAUACCCCUGGAAGUUAUAUUUGUGGUUGUCCC